AUGGUUCUUCAAGAUCUUGGGCGGCGCAUCAAUGCCGCCGUGUCAGACCUGACGCGGGCCCCGAACCUCGAUGAGAAGGCAAAGAUUUGCGCCGCGCUUCUCGAAGCCGAUGUCAACGUGCGCCUCGUCGGCCAGCUGCGCAAAUCGAUAAAAUCAACCGUCAACUUCAAGGAACUCCCGCCCGCAGUCAACAAGAAGCGGUUGAUCCAAAAGGCCGUCUUCGACGAGCUUGUUAGCCUCGUCGAUCCCCACGCCGAGCCCUUCAAGCCGAAGAAGGGCAAGUCCAACGUCAUCAUGUUUGUCGGUCUGCAGGGUGCCGGAAAGACGACGACAUGUACAAAGCUGGCGCGGCACUACCAGAGCAGGGGUUUCAAGGCCUGUCUGGUGUGUGCCGACACCUUUCGAGCCGGUGCGUUCGACCAGUUGAAGCAGAACGCGACCAAGGCCAAGAUACCAUACUACGGCUCCCUGACCGAGACGGAUCCGGCGGUCGUGGCGAGGGAGGGUGUGGACAAGUUCAAGAAGGAGCGGUUCGAGGUCAUUAUUGUCGAUACCUCGGGAAGGCACAGGCAAGAGUCGGCGCUGUUCCAGGAGAUGAUGGAUAUUCAGAAGGCGGUCAAGCCAGACGAAACGAUCAUGGUUUUGGAUGCGAGCAUUGGACAACAAGCCGAGGCGCAGGCAAAGGCGUUCAAGGAGGCGGCUGAUUUUGGAGCUAUUAUAAUCACAAAGACGGACGGCCACGCAAGUGGUGGUGGUGCGAUAUCAGCGGUUGCAGCAACACACACCCCUAUCGUAUUUAUCGGUACCGGUGAGCACAUGCUGGAUCUAGAGCGUUUCGCGCCGCAGCAGUUCAUCUCGAAAUUACUGGGGAUGGGAGAUAUGGCAGGGCUUGUGGAGCACGUGCAGUCUCUCAAACUAGACCAAAAGGAUACCAUAAAACACAUCACGGAAGGAAUAUUCACUAUAAGAGAUCUGCGCGACCAGCUCCAGAACAUAAUGAAGAUGGGCCCGCUGUCCAAGAUGGCGGGUAUGAUCCCCGGCAUGAGCAACAUGAUGCAGGGGAUGGACGACGAGGAAGGAACCGGCAAGCUGAAGCGCAUGAUCUACAUCUGCGAUUCGAUGACAGACAAGGAGCUCGACAGCGACGGCAAGAUCUUCACGGAGCAGCCGACGCGGAUGACGAGGGUAGCGCGGGGGUCAGGAACUCACGUGCGCGAGGUGGAGGAUUUGCUGACGCAGCAGAGGAUGAUGGCCGGCAUGGCCAAGAAGAUGGGAGGCAACAUGAAGAACAUGCAAAGGGCACAGCAGGCCAUGGGCGGCGGCAACAAGCAGCAGCAGCUCGCGGCUAUGCAGAAGAGGUUGCAGAGCAUGGGUGGUGCUGGCGGUGCCGGCGGCAUGCCGGACAUGGGAAGCCUGAUGAAGAUGCUGGGCGGUGCCGGUGGUGGCAUGCCCGGCGGCAUGGACAUGGCGGCCAUGAUGAAGCAGAUGGGUGGAAUGAUGGGAGGAGGGGCCCAAGGGCGUGGCAGGAGGUGA